AUGUUUCCUAUUUGGCGACGGCGAGUCGAGCGAGUGUCCCGUGACGUAUGGCUGGGUGCUGCAUGGCUGGGUGCUGCAUGGCUGGGUGCUGCAUGGCUGGGUGCUGCAUGGCUGGGUGCUGCAUGGCUGGGUGCUGCAUGGCUGGGUGCUGCAUGGCUGGGUGGUGUUACACGCUUGGCUGGUCGUCACCUUCCCGCGCUACAUGCCGGUCCCAAGCUGGACCAGUUUCCUUCCCCUGCCUUUAGUCGCAGUGCUACCCGCAGCAGCACGCUAGACAGCAACAGUGCUGUGCGUAUAGGCAGCAUAGCUACCUCCAGAGUCCACCACUGCUGCUGCACCUCACUGAAUCACCGCCUCACCGCCUCACCGCCAUGCCCCUCGCCGCUUCCUCUCCGCUCAUCAUAUCCCACCCUCUCCUCCCCCUCCUCUCCACUGCCCUUCCCAUCCGCCUUCGUCACCUGCCUAUCACCCUCCCCACCCCCCUCCUGUUCCCCCUCCCCACCCACCUUCCCUUCCUCUCUAACCCAUCCCCCUGCCCACCCCCCCUUCCCGUCAGCCUCCCCAUCCCCCUUUCCUUCACUGCAUGUCGACAGGCUCCCAUACACGCUGCAUGCCUCUAAUCGCAUGCCCAUCUUCCCUUAUCCCCCCAUCCCCGCAUCCCCCUCAUUUAACCAUCCCACAUUCCCUCCUCCCCUCCUCCCCCCAAUCCCAUCGUCCCCACCCCCUCCCCCACCUCUCCCUCUUUCCCCCACAUUGAACCUGGCAGUGGCACGGCACUCGCAAGUGGGGCUGCUGGACGCUGACGUGUUCGCCCCUCACUGCCCAACCUGCUUGGCCUGCACAUUGUCGCCUCCUCCCCCUUCUUGCCCGCUGGGCCUGGAGACUGCCGGCUGCCCCCUGCUCGCCUCGCCCUUCCCCCACGCAUGCAGGCGCACGGCAUGCUCUGCAUGUCCGCUCACGUGGGCUGGGAGUGUGGGCUUCCUCAUGCCUGCACACGUGGCGACCCAGGGGGGUACAACAGGGGAGGGGCAGCAGGGGAGGGGCGGCUCGGCUUCUAAGGCCACACUGCCUGCCCAUGCUCUCAGCUCUGCUGGCGAUGCCCAUGCUCCCAUGCGGUCACUUCCACCAGCAGCUCGGGCGGAUGAAAACGGUGGGGCAAUGGAUGUGGUGGUGGUGAUGAUGGCCAUGGACGCCACCAGCAGUGCUGGGAGCACGAAGGCACUGGAGUGUGAUGGCCAAUCCGACAACGGCCGCUGUCUUACUCUCGGCGCUUCGGCUGCUGCUGCAAGCGGGAGAGAAGGCGGGGCGACAGACAGUGGGGACAGCUGUAGACGGGGCAGCAGUCGAUGGCGUGGCAAACGGUGGGGCGUCAGAAAAAAAGGGUGGGGGGGAGGGGGUGACGGCGGGAGGGAGGGAGGAUGGGUGUUGGGGAAGGGGAGGGUGAGCAGGGGGAAGAGGACAGAGGAAGGGACAGAUGCUGGGAGUGGUGUGUUAGAGGCGGCAGUGGUGGUAAGAUAUGAGCGCCUGGUGAGUGGCUCUGUCUUCCUUGCCUUGCCCACCGUUCCCACCCCUCUGUGCCUACCUGGUCACUGCCUCCCCUGUCAGCACACCCAUCCCACGGAUCCUUGCAUGCGGCGUUCAUCCGUGCACCCGCCUCAGCUACCAGCUGUCUCACCAACUCCCUUUUCACCAACACCAUGCGCCCAUCUCACCAACGCCCUUUUCACCAACACCAUGCGCCCGUCUCACCAACGCCCUUUUCACCAACACCAUGCGCCCGUCUCACCAACGCCCUUUCCACCAACACCAUGCGCCUGUCUCACCAACGCCCUUUUCACCAACACCAUGCGCCCGUCUCACCAACGCCCUUUCCACCAACUCCCCCUCCUCCCAACCUACCACUCCUCUGACCCCUUCAUCACCUCCUCUGCGUUUGAUGUGGUCACCCCAGGGGGCGUGGUGUCCGGUGUGUGCCACGGAUUGCCAGCAAUGGAAGGACUUCACAGCUGGCAGGUUGAGCUGGCAUGCCGCGUGGAGGGGCGAGGAGGGGCGGGGGGAGAGCGAGCAGCAACAGAAACAGCUUUAUUCCGAGAAGCAGCAUGGGGGAUGCGUGUGAUGCCCGCAGAGACAGUGAAGGCAGCAGUGGGAGGGCAGUGUGGUGGGCGGGGCAUGGCAUGA